AAAAUAUCCAAAGUUAAUCAUUUCCUUAACGUCCUUACAGCUAAAGCAAUUUACUUAUCUACAUAAUCAUAUCAAGCGCUGAAUUUCAAUAUUCCUAAAAUAUUGGUAAAGCACCACUCUGCUCAUUGUCACAGCAUCUAGAAUGCGUAUUCCCAACUUCGUCGCCUCCUUCUCCUCGGUUGCAUUGGCCUCAGCUUUGGCUCUGCCAAUUUCUUCGACCCCCCUUGACUCUGUGGUAACCACAUCUUUGCCAGUGGUUUCAGUACCGACCACGUCUAUCCCGGCGGACUCUAUAUCGAUGGUGUCUAUGCCAGUGGUUUCAGUACCGACCACUUCUAUCCUGGCGGACUCUAUAUCGACGGCGUUUAUGCCAGUAGUCUCAGUACCGACCACGUCUAUCCCAGCGGACUCUAUAUCGACAGCGUCUGUGCCAGUUGUCUCAGUACCGACCACAUCUAUUACGGUGGUCUCUACGACAAAUGUUGCAAACUCCCCCGAAGUUACGAAACUUCUCUUGGGACUGGACACUAUUGACGAAGCUAUCACAACCGUAACAGGUAGCAUCGAAAAAAGCGAUAGCAACCUGGAUGUGGGCGAAAUUUGCCAGAACUUUAGCAGCAAUGGCAUUAUUAACAUUGCGAUCAACGACGUCUUGCUCCAGACUCAGUCUUUACAACCCACAGUCACUUCAGACGCAUCGAAAAGCAUUGUUGAUGUCUUACAAACGAAGAUCGUCCCACAUUACCAGGAGCUUCUGCAGCUACUUGAAGAUAAAAUGGGUGAUCUGAAAAGCGCCUCACUACAGAAUGCCGACCAAUUAAACACACUCCUUCGAGGCGACAAUUGGCUUGAUGUGAUCUCUAGUGGGUUGCAAUUAGGACUCGCCAACCAUCUCAUCAUCGCUCUUAUCAAGGUCCUUGAUCCGGCCUACCGUACUGUAGCCUCCGAGGCAGGGACCGUUAUUAAAAAUGCGUUGGAUAGUUCUGUUAAGGCGACUUCGUCGCAAUAAGGUGCUUUCAUCAAAAGCGAGUUAUAGAUUUCCAUCCGCCAUUGUUCCCAGUUUGUUUCUAUUAGCUCCGGGGACAUCGUGGAAAUAGUGGGAAUAUAGCAGACAUUUGUAUUUCCGGCGUGACUCUACACGCUAGGAUCCUUAGAUGGCCUUCGUCUUACUACUCAUUAUAUCAUAAUAGACAUCUAGUUUCUAAUAACCUGUUGAAACUUUCGAAAUUCUAUAUGUUUGAGUAUAUCCACGUUUAUAAAUCUUUGUAUAAGGCCGUGAAAAAA